AUGGAUGUCCGUACUCGUUGGAAUUCUACCUAUGCUAUGCUAAAGGAUUUCUAUGCUAAUAGAGAAUGGUAUAAAAAGUUUUUGAAGGAUGCCCCCAAGCAUGUGAAACCAAACUCUCCUAUCUAUACGACGUGUAAAUCUUGUAAACUGAAGGAUACCGAGUAUGGUUUAAUAUUGGCUAUCUGUAAUACUCUCGAGCCUUUGAAUGAUGCCACCAAGCUGCUCAGUGCUUCCAAUUUCAGUACCCUUACACAGCUUCAUGAGGUUAUUUCUAUGUUGAAGCUCUUUUUGAGAUCGAGCGAGACUAAGAGCACAUACGUCAAGCGUUUGCAGGGAAAUCUUCUCUUCCAGCUCGAGAAGUAUUUUGAAUAUAUUACGACGGAUGAUUUCAUUCUUGCUGCUGCCUACCUCAAUGCUGACACGCGUAGAAGCACCUAUUCAGAGGAGCUCAAAGUGGAUAAUGGAAUUGGUCGGUCUAGUGUUAUCCAAUGCAUAAAGCGUCUGAAGAUAUCCAGCAAAUUCGUCUCGUUGCCCGUUGCUAAGCCCAAUCGACAAUCAUGUAAGGGCGAGAAGAAGUCUACUAGUGCAUUCUUCGAUUUCAUGAACAAUCAAAUCUGCUCUGAUCUUGCCUCAGAAAGCAUGGCUGAUGGAGAAGGGGCUAAUUUAGAGCCUGGUGACGUCGAUGAAGAGCGCCUACAAAGCCUUCUCAGCGAGUAUGAGCGUAGAGCAAGAACCUACCCUACUCCUCAAGAACACGACAGUCAGCCUAUCCCCGACGUUAUUUACUUUGUCUACAAUUUUGACGGGGGUCCCAGCAACAUCGGUGAGCAGCGAAAGUUGCUUUUCCGUCGCCGGGGCACUGUCCAGGGCAAGGCGGAGUCGCCUAACAGCGAAUAG